ACACACAUUAAAUCAAUAACAUGGGCUGGCACAUACAGAGGUAUAUCGCCAAGGCAGGGAGAGCCAUCAAUCCACUCGUAUGGCGGCGCGCGUGGAAGGACAACGAGGGCAAGCAAUUCAACCACGUGGCGGCCAAACUCGCCGAUCAACUCAACAACGAAAUUGCACAAAUAGCAAGAGUAUCGCAAUAUAGACACUGGUGGUGGGCGAACCCACUUGGAGCUGGACUCGUAUGCUACGGUGUAUACAAGUUCUGGUACAUGUCGUACAUGGCACACAAGCAGCGCACAGUGGCACAAGUAGUAGCACAUGCCUAUGGACAGGGUGGACAGUGGCUCAACCCAGUACCAAAGUGAUGGAGUACCAGGAAGCAACUGAGUCGGAGGAUGAGCGCCUGCUACAGCAGGAGCUAAGGGCCAUA